AGUAACUCCCCUCUCCACCUCCCCACCCCGCUCUGCCCCUGGUAACCGCUAAUCUGCUUCGGUCUCUAUGCAUUUGCCGUUUCUAGAUAUUUCAUAUAAGUGGGAUCAUACAAUGUUUGUCCUUUUGUGACUGACUUCUUUCACUCAGCAUAAUGUUUUCAAGGUUCAUCCAUGUUGUGGCAUGUAUCAGGACUUCAUUUCUCUUUAUGGCUGAGUAAUAUUCCAUUGAGCCUGCCCCCAUUUUUAUCAGAGGGAGGAAAUUAGAACCUAUGCCUGGGUGUAGGGAGGAAGGAGAGAGGACUCGCCAACUCCUUGGCACUGGCUGGAGCCAGCCCUGGAGCUCCCCAGGCCAUCACUCAAGUUCUUCAGGAGGAGCUGUUGCCUCUCCCCACAGAGGAUCUCUGGGUGGGCUGAGCUGUAGUUGGGUCACUGGGAUGGAUGGAGUGGCCACAUGGCUGGGUCGCAGGAUUCACGUGCUCCCCGCUCUCUUGCAGAGUUAUGUCAUGCCCAGACCAGCAGAGGGCUCCAUGAGGAUUUAUAGAAGAUGCCCCGCGUCUCGGCGCCUUUGGUGCUGCUUCCUGUGUGGCUCGUGAUGGUCGCCUGCAGCCCGCACUCCCUGAGGAUCGCUGCUAUCCUGGACGAUCCCAUGGAGUGCAGCAGAGGGGAGAGGCUCUCCAUCACCCUGGCCAAGAAUCGCAUCAACCGUGCCCCUGAGAGGCUGGGCAAGGCCAAGGUGGAAGUGGACAUCUUUGAACUUCUCAGAGACAGCGAAUACGAGACUGCAGAAACCAUGUGUCAGAUCCUCCCCAAGGGAGUGGUUGCUGUCCUGGGACCAUCCUCCAGCCCUGCCUCCAGCUCCAUCAUCAGCAACAUCUGUGGGGAGAAGGAGGUCCCUCAUUUCAAAGUGGCCCCUGAGGAGUUUGUAAAGUUCCAGUUCCAGAGAUUCACAACCCUAAACCUCCACCCCAGCAACACCGACAUCAGCGUGGCUGUAGCCGGCAUCCUGAACUUCUUCAACUGCACCACUGCCUGCCUCAUCUGUGCCAAAGCAGAAUGCCUUUUAAACCUAGAGAAGCUGCUCCGGCAAUUCCUUAUCUCCAAGGACACACUCUCAGUCCGGAUGCUGGACGACACCCGGGACCCCACCCCACUCCUCAAGGAGAUCCGGGAUGACAAGACAGCCACCAUCAUCAUCCACGCCAACGCCUCCAUGUCCCACACCAUCCUCCUCAAGGCAGCUGAACUAGGGAUGGUGUCAGCCUAUUACACAUACAUCUUCACUAAUCUGGAGUUCUCACUCCAGAGAAUGGACAACCUUGUGGAUGAUCGUGUCAACAUCCUGGGAUUUUCCAUUUUCAACCAGUCCCAUGCUUUCUUCCAAGAGUUUGCCCAGAGCCUCAACCAGUCGUGGCAGGAGAACUGUGACCAUGUGCCCUUCACUGGGCCUGCGCUCUCCUCGGCCUUGCUGUUUGACGCUGUCUAUGCUGUGGUGACUGCGGUGCAGGAGCUGAACCGGAGCCAGGAGAUCGGCGUGAAGCCUCUGUCCUGCGGCUCGGCCCAGAUCUGGCAGCACGGCACCAGCCUCAUGAACUACCUGCGCAUGGUAGAAUUGGAAGGUCUCACCGGCCACAUCGAAUUCAACAGCAAAGGCCAGAGAUCUAACUAUGCCCUGAAAAUCUUACAAUUCACCAAGAACGGUUUUCGGCAGAUCGGCCAGUGGCAUGUGGCAGAGGGCCUCAGCAUGGACAGCCGCCUCUACGCGUCCAACAUCUCCGACAGUCUCUUCAACACCACCCUGGUCGUCACCACCAUCCUGGAAAACCCAUAUUUAAUGCUGAAGGGGAACCACCAGGAGAUGGAAGGCAAUGACCGCUACGAGGGCUUCUGUGUGGACAUGCUCAAGGAGCUGGCAGAGAUCCUCCGAUUCAACUACAAGAUCCGCCUGGUCGGGGAUGGUGUGUACGGCGUUCCUGAGGCCAACGGCACCUGGACAGGAAUGGUCGGGGAGCUGAUCGCUAGGAAAGCAGAUCUGGCUGUGGCCGGCCUCACCAUUACGGCUGAGCGGGAGAAGGUGAUUGAUUUCUCUAAGCCAUUCAUGACUCUGGGAAUUAGCAUUCUUUACCGAGUUCAUAUGGGGCGCAAACCCGGCUAUUUCUCCUUCCUGGACCCAUUUUCUCCGGGCGUCUGGCUCUUCAUGCUUCUAGCCUACCUGGCUGUCAGCUGUGUCCUCUUCCUAGUGGCUAGGUUGACCCCCUAUGAGUGGUACAGCCCACACCCAUGCGCCCAGGGCCGGUGCAACCUCCUAGUGAACCAGUACUCCCUUGGCAACAGCCUCUGGUUUCCAGUUGGGGGCUUCAUGCAGCAGGGCUCUACAAUCGCCCCCCGCGCCUUGUCCACCCGCUGUGUCAGUGGCGUCUGGUGGGCCUUCACGCUGAUCAUCAUCUCAUCCUACACGGCCAAUCUGGCAGCCUUCCUGACUGUGCAGCGCAUGGAUGUGCCCAUCGAGUCAGUGGAUGACCUGGCUGACCAGACUGCCAUCGAGUAUGGCACCAUCCACGGAGGCUCCAGCAUGACCUUUUUUCAAAAUUCUCGAUACCAGACCUACCAACGCAUGUGGAAUUACAUGUAUUCCAAGCAGCCGAGUGUGUUUGUGAAGAGCACGGAGGAGGGAAUUGCCAGGGUGUUGAAUUCCAACUACGCCUUCCUUCUGGAGUCCACCAUGAAUGAGUACUAUCGGCAGCGAAACUGCAACCUCACUCAGAUUGGGGGCCUGCUGGACACCAAGGGCUAUGGGAUUGGCAUGCCAGUCGGCUCGGUUUUCCGGGACGAGUUUGAUCUGGCCAUUCUCCAGCUGCAGGAGAACAACCGCUUGGAAAUCCUGAAGCGCAAAUGGUGGGAAGGGGGAAAGUGCCCCAAGGAGGAAGAUCACAGAGCCAAAGGCCUGGGAAUGGAGAAUAUUGGUGGAAUCUUUGUGGUUCUUAUUUGUGGCUUAAUCGUGGCCAUUUUUAUGGCAAUGUUGGAGUUCUUAUGGACUCUCCGACACUCAGAAGCAACUGAGGUGUCCGUCUGCCAGGAGAUGGUGAGCGAGCUGCGGAGCAUCGUCCUGUGUCAGGACAGUGUCCAUCCCCGGCGGCGGCGCGCUGGGGUGCCGCAGCCCCGACCCCCCAUCCCCGAGGAGCGCCGGCCCCGGGGCACGGCCACGCUCAGCAACGGCAAGCUGUGCGGGGCCGGAGAGUCCGACCCCCUCGCCCAGAGACUGGCCCAGGAGGCCGCCCUGGUGGCCCGCGGCUGCACACACAUCCGGGUCUGCCCCGAGUGCCGCCGGUUCCAGGGCCUGCGGGCGCGGCCGUCGCCCUCCCGCAGCGAGGAGAGCCUGGAGUGGGAGAAGACCACCAACAGCAGCGAGCCCGAGUAG